AUGACGGACGUCCAGGAGACGGCGGACGCAGAGGACGCGCCUCCGUCCGGCCGGAGCGAGGUGGAGCUCCCGCCGCCGUGCGAGCGCCUCCCCGGCCCCAAGAGCAGCGUGUGCUCCCGCUCGUACUUCGUGGUGGUGAUGGUGUUUUUCCACGUCUACAUCAUCAAUGUCAUAGCGCUGCUCUUCUACGUUCACUACAGCAGCGGCCAGGAGGACGCCGGCGGGGCUCGUGACGCGGAUGCGGGCGGCCGCCUCCUCCAGCGCCCCGCCGCCGCCGCCGGGUCGAGACGCCCGCCGGCCAAGCCCGAGUUCGCGCGCGACGUUUCUCUGACGAGACUCGAGGGGAUAAGGGUGGGACAUGUCCAGAAGGUGUCCCUGGUGCCGGACAAGGUGCACGAGAUGAGGACUCUGAGCCUGAAACCGCUGCUGUUUGAGAUCCCUGGGUUUCUGUCUGAUGAUGAGUGUCGUGUGGUGAUGAGGCUGGCACAGCUGAAGGGUCUGAUGGAGAGUCAGCUGAUGGUCCAAGAAGGUCAAGAAGAACUGGCCAAAGAGCUCAACCUCAACCCAGAGGAGAUCUUUAACCUUCUCGAUAUUAACCAAGAUGGACAACUGCAGCUUCAAGAGAUUUUGACUCAUUCUCGGGUGAGGGAAGGCAUCUGGCUCACUCCGGAGAAUCUACGAGAAGUUUACGCCGGGCUCAAAGCCGACAAGGACGACAAUGGUUUGCUGAGCCUUGAGGAGUUUCGGCUCCUGAGCAGUGACGCCUUCCAGCGCUUCCUUCUGCAGCGAGGGGUGCAGAGGAGUCAGCUGGUGCGAAACAGCAGGCACACCUGGUUGUAUCAGGGCAAAGGAGCUCACCAGGUUCUCCAAGAAAUCAAGCAAAGGGUGACUCGCCUCACUCGAAUGCCGCCCGCACUAGUGGACCUCAGUGAACCACUUCAGGUGGUUCGCUAUGAAGAGGGGGGGCACUACCACGCCCACCAAGACAGCGGGCCUGUCUACCCUGAGACAGCGUGUUCACACACACGCCUUGCGGCUAAUAUCUCCACUCCUUUUGAGACGUCGUGCAGGUACAUCACAGUUCUCUUCUACCUGAACUCUGUUGAUGGGGGCGGGGAGACCGCAUUCCCUGUGGCAGACAACAGGACCUAUGAGGAAGUGUGUCUUAUACAGAACGACGUGGAUCUUUUGGACACCAGAAGAAACUGUGAUAAGAGUAAUCUGAGAGUGAAGCCGACCAAAGGGACCGCCGUUUUCUGGUACAACUACCUCUCUGAUGGGAAAGGUUGGGUGGGAGAGCAGGAUGAGUAUGCUCUGCACGGUGGCUGUGUGGUCACCCGUGGCACAAAGUGGAUUGCCAAUAAAUGGAUCAACGUUGAUCCGGAUUACCAGAGGCAGGCUCGCUACCAGCAGCUGGUGUCACAGCUGCCUGAAGAUGAAAAUGAUGAAGAUUCUGCUCUAAACCCAGACACACACAGUCACAGCAUCCACCAGGAUUUGUAGCUCAAACACUAAAUAGUUACAAAUCAAAUAAAUUUGUCCUAGUCUUCCUCAGUCCUCUGCACAACAUUUUCAAUAUCAUCCUCUGUGGCUGGUUUGUAGAUACAAGAUUUCAGGGAAUGAGGUCACAAUGGAUUUAUGAAACAAUAAAUAGAUGCUUUGAAAAACAUUUUUUUAAACAAACUGUUUUAUCAUUGUUUCCCAUAUUAGGGGUUUUGCACUAGAACUCAGGAAGAGGUAUAGUUUCAAACUGUAUGUGUGAUUUUAGUGACAUCUAGUGGCAGAAUUUGACAUUGCAAGCAGCCCAAUAUUCACCUCUCAAGAUUUUCCAAACGUUUAGGUAGCUGCAAAAAAUGCAAAAAGUUCUUUAGAAAAAUAUUUUGAUAUAAACAUAUUAUUCUAAGAUAACUUACUGCACUUACUGCAGUUACACUCACAAUACCUUUCUGCCUCUAGAUUUCCCUAAAUGGCC